GGGGUUGCAAUUUGCCCCACGGCACGGAUCAGAACAGGCUAUUUUGAAAGUGAGCCCUCAUUCAGACAGCUCCUCUGCAGCUGUCAGGAACCAUGACUGAAGAUGACGGAGUCUGUUGUUGUGGAGGGAUACGCCAGACUCAGAGACGGUAAAAAGUGGAAAACUAGGUGGCUCGUGUUUCGGAAGCCGUCGCCUGUAGCAGUUCACAGAUUCAGCGUUGGAGUCUUACCGGGGACCAAGUUGGAGAGCGGACCCGCCACUCUUCAUCUGUGUAACAACCUCCUGGCUCUGGUCCGGGACUUCCCCCCGCUUAUCAUCGGCCACUGGAACCUGCCGGACCUGCGCAGAUAUGGACCGGUGCCGAAUGGAUUCGUGUUCGAAGGUGGAACAAGAUGUGGUUACUGGGCAGGUGUUUUUCUUCUGGCGUCUGCAGAGAGCGAACAGAUCAGCUUCCUGUUCGACUGCAUCGUCAGAGGCAUCUCCCCGAGCAGAGGYCCGUUUGGACUGCGGCCCGUUUUGCCAGAGCUCUGUUCCAGUCAGACGGACUCCGAGGAGAAGCUGAACCUGGAAGCCCAGGAGCUGGAGAAGCGACUGAGCACGCUGUCUCAUGGAAGCAGCACAGUCUCAUCAUCAUACUACCCGUCUGCGGGGGGAGACAACCACAGCGUCUCCGGCUCCUCUGACACUUCAGACACCAGCCAGUCGGACUGCAGCAUCGGCAGCCGGCUCACCAUUUGGACCGAAUCUCCUUCAAACCCUCCCGGAAGCGUCGACCAGGUGGGCGCCAAAGCGGCGCCGCAGACCGCCGACAAGCUCCCCGCCAACCCGGGAGGUGGGAGCCGGCUUUCAGCCAAGCUGCCCCGGCAGCUUCAGGAGAUCGGGCGUCAGAGCUCCUCCGACAGCGGCAUUGCGAGCGGCAGCCACUCCUCGUGCACCGGCAGCUUCUCCUCGUACUCGGGCAGCCUGGACAUGGCGCCCCCCGGGGAGGACUUUGGGUCUGCUUUCAGCCUGCCUCCUCACUUGGCUCAGGACCUGAGCCCAUGCACAUGCCCCCCCGCUGUUCCUGGAAACGAGUACCACGUGCCAACAUCCCUUCGGUAUCUCAAUGACAGCCCCAGGAGUCUGUCACAUGAAGCAGGUGGGGGCUCCGCACCAACUAAAGACACUGCUGUCCCUUCAGACCUCCCAGCAGAGUCGAUGAAAGGGGUUACAAACAACGCCCCGACCUCUGAGGGUCCCUCAGGACCCCCAGACAGACAGUCAGUCUAUGAAAACACACAGGGCCUCUCAGAGGAGACGAGUAAAACAAAGCUGGCGCCCUCUAGUGACUCCUGUCAUACCUGCACUCCUCKCACAUCUUCCUCCAAAACCAUUGUGACCAUCUGCUCAACCUGUGGAGGAUUUAAGAGAACUCAAUCUGCUCAUUUAAGUUCUUUAAUCAUACCAACCGUACCAGUGAAGAAACUUCUGCAGAGGUCCAGGCCCGCUCCCGGCGCCGAGCUGCCAGGCGUGAAAACGGGCGAGGAGUCGCCGCCGCCAGAAAAGGAGGAGAACAAAUUAGUGGUGCUCUUAUCUGGUCUGCUCAGCUUUCCUAUCGCAGGCAGGCGGCCAGAGGCGAGCCCACACAGACCAAACCUGUACGAGUCAAUGAGCCCCGCUUUGGGAAACGAGCUCCAUUUGGCUCCAGCUGGACCAUUACCAGAGUCACWGCAAGACAGAAGAGCUGUCAUUUAUGAAAACUGUUUGAAGUGUCAAGGAGAGGGCUGCCAGCCCCCGCCACGGGUCGUGCCCACUAAGGUGUACCAGAGCAGUGUCGCUUCCUCUUCUCAAGCCUUACCAACUGGACUGCACCUGAAGAGAYGCCAAGAUGGUGAUGAAGAGCGACUCAGAGAAGCUGAAGGGCAGAGUCAGUAUGAUGAGAGAAAUGUUUCAGUGGUGAAUGAAGACAAAAAGCUGAACACUAAAGAAGAAAGACGCCGAGCCGAUACCGCUUAUGAGAUCAUGGAGAGUCGCGUGGUGGAGAGGAACUCUGAGGCAGAAGAGAAAGGUAAAUACGAGCUAAUGGGCAGCUGUGGCCAGCAGAGGAUUCUUCAAGAGGCUGAAGGGGUCACAUUUGUUUUUCUUCCAGAGGCUCCCCUYCCUGAAAAGCCGCGCAGUGAUAAUGUGACGUACGUGAAUAUUCCCGUCAGUCCCACGUCCAAGAAACAACUGAACUACAUGGAGCUGGAGCUGCAGGAGCCGGUCCACAGCAGCAGAGGGACCGCUGCACAUCUGCCCACUCAGAGAAAGAGCUGCACCAGGUACGCCCAGAUCGACAUCAACGCCACCGAGACGGCCCACAAGGUGGGCGCCCAGCACGCCCUGGGUCGGCAGGAGGGGCUGCAYGCUCUGGAGCUGCGGCGGAAAGGGAUGCCGCACUGACUCCUUUGAACCGUUCAGCUCAUCAGGAUGUUUCUCUUUUAAUUAUUUUUUUGGAAAACACCAACCAAUUACAUCAGACAAACUGUAGGAGUCGUAGCUCCGAGGGGCUUAAUCCAGAUUUCACAGCUGAACCUCACAGAGCAGGCUUCUGCUCUUGCCUCUGUCUCACACUGAAACUCACGAAGCAGCUCUUCCCGAACAAAGGAGCGACAUUUCAGUCCUUUCUCUGAGCUCAGGCRCAUCAUUAAAUGUCAUUAUGUCAAAUGAAGGGGCAUGAAGGCGUUCUGAGCUGAUUAAAGGCCUAAAUAACCCCCAUGAGCAGCGUCAACACUUCAGCUCAGUCCGUCUCUCUGAG